AAAAACAACGGCAAAGAUUCUUGACACACAACACACAACCAAAGCAAAAAGCAACGAAAACGACAAUCAAGAGACAACCACUCUACCAAAAUUACCAACCAUGGCAAAGCACUUGGCCCGCAUUCACGGCACCGAAGAGGACAAGGUGAACUGUCCCUUCUACUUCAAGAUUGGAGCUUGCCGCCAUUCGGAUCGAUGCUCUCGUCUUCACCAUCGUCCCGCCUUUUCUCCCACCAUUCUGGUGAAGCAUCUCUACCGGCACCCGCAGCGUCUUGCGAAAUCAAUAACAAGAGCGGUGGAGAAGCCGUCAUUGAUCAAGAACAAGCCAAUGAAGACUUUUUGGUGUUUUUCGAAGAUCUGUAUGUGGAAUUGAGCAAAUUUGGCAGAGUGGAAGGAUUGCAUGUCGUGGAGAAUCUGGGAGAUCAUUUGAUUGGUCAUGUUUAUUGCAAAUUCAGCGACGAAGAAGAGGCAUCGGAUGCCUUGCAGGUCAUGAAUGGGCGCUACUAUGACGGACGACGAAUGGAGGUGGAGUAUUCACCCGUCACAGACUUUCGGGAGGCGCGAUGCCGAGACUACGAUGAAGACGCCUGUGCCCGAGGUGGUUUCUGCAACUUUUUGCAUGUCAAGCCGGUGCCCAUGUGUCUCAUACGUUCCAUGGAGGAGGACUGCGAAGCAGAUCGGAUCCGCGACCAGGAGGAGCGACGAGCCAAAGAACGGGAAGAAAAACGAGCCAGGAAGGAGAGCAAAAAGAGAAAACGUGAACGCAAGGAGAGAAAGUCGUCUCAUCGAUCAUCUCGUAGUCGCAAACGAAGUUCCAGCCGCGAUCGUGGCGGCGCAGAAAGUGAUGAUGAUGACCGCUCGUAUUCACAGUCUCCGUAGCUAGCUAGCUGGCGGUGGCUGCUUUGAUGGAAGUUUGUAUUCUCUCGAUGGUGAAGUUUUAAAUAAGAUUAGUGGGGUC